CAUGUAUGGUGAUUUUAAUUUCGAAAACCAAUCGUGUGAAGAAAUAUUUGAAAAAGAUGACCGUGUAGUAGUUUGCCAAAGGGCCUAAUUGAUACAUUUUAAGAUGUGUUUUAUGUCGAGUACUGUCAGAAAAAUCGGAUUAAUUGAAUACGGACAAUGAACUUCUAUCUGCACUUCCUUUUACUUGCAACAUGUAUACCAGCAACAGUUUAUUCUCAGUCUGAACCUAGAAGUGACGGCCCUGCACUGGUUGAUGAUUCAAGAAGUAGAGAAUUACCGACGCGGUAUUUAGAUCCUCGAAGAAGGAUUGAUCCAUUAGACGUUUAUACAGGCACAUCUGAACGUAGUAUACCCUAUGAAAGAAGAUCCUCAAGCUAUGUUGAAGAUAGAUUUGAGCCAGAUAGACCACCAUAUAGAUCAAGCCGGAGAAGACCCUUUCCAAGAACACCACCAUUAGGUAGACGUUAUGGUAGGCGACGAAGACGACCUUCAUCUCCGCCUCGACGUGGUAGAGUACGGCCUAGAGCAAGAAGAAGACCAUCUUAUGAUCCAUUCUUCCGGGAAUUUGAACCACCAAGAGCAGGCAGACGUUUUAGACCCCGCAGGACAUUUCGUCCGAGACCAAGACGCAUACGUCCCAGAGGCCCACGGAGAAGAGGGCCGCGAGAAUAUUAUAGUCGAGAUAGAGAUGAUCAAUAUAGAUCAAGAGAUGACGUUGCAGUAGAGCGUUCACCUAGUUUUAGUGAAAGAAGAUUAGAUGAUGAAUCAUACAUAGGAGGAAGAAGGGGUACAUUUAAUCGAACAGUAAGUGGCCGUCCGAGGGAGAGAUUACCCUUGCGCAGAGGUCCUCCGAUCCGAGACAGGCGAGUAGAAACUACUUUUUCAGAAGAACGCCCAUAUAUAGAUGCAAGAUUGAGACGUCCGCCGCGACAUCCACGCACAGAAACCCAAACUGAAUUUGAACGAGAUAGAUUCAUAUUUGAAAGACUCCCAUAUGAACGUUUAUCUGACAGAAUGAUAGAUCGGCGCACCGAGGGAGUUCUUCCGCCGUAUGAUGCAACAGAAGAAUCACGAACGUCAUAUAGAGCCCCGCGGCAUCGUGAGACUGAUAUAUCAACAUCAGAUUUCUUUGAUAUUCACAACUCCUUCGACAGAUUAGGUCCAUUAGAUACAACAAAACCGGCGCCCUUAUUUGAAAGAAAUGUGCCUCUGAGAGAGGAAAGAAUUGAUUCAAGUAUAUUAGACCCAGUGCCUAGUUACAAAAUAAUACAACCGUCUUCAAACGAAAAUCCGCAGGUUCAGACAAUAGACAGACUAAGUGCUAUCGCCGAUCAAAAUCCAUCUGAUCUUGUGGGAACUGAUUUAAAAUUACAGGCAGACGGUUUUAUAAAUAAACCGGAAUCAAGUCAUAGCAACAGCCAAUCUGUUAAAUCAAAACCGGACGGAUUUCUCACACAUCGAUCUAAUACAAAAUCUUCAGUCACAAGCCACUCCACUCCAAAUACUACGCUUCUUAGUGAAACAGUCCAACGUGCAGUUUUAUCCGAAGAGAUAAUUGAUAAAGAGCCAAUAAAAAGGUUUGGUAAGAUUUCCGAAAUAAGUGUCAACGAAAGAAGUACAGCUAAAUCUACGGAUGGAAUUCUGGCUACAACAACCAUGUCGGUCAAAUUAGCCAUCAGUAGCUCAAAGCCAUCAGCUGAAGUUUCAAAAGAAAAAAACAUUCAACAAAAUAAACCUACACGAGUCGUUGGAUUAUCAAACAUAUUAUCAAGAAAACAUCCAAAGUUUUUUAAUAUACCAUUGCCAAUCCCAAAAUCAAGUUUAGUUGUAAAUUUAGCAAAAGAAAGCGACAGUAAAACCACCUUAAGGCCAAUUGACGUGACAACAACAAAACCAUUGAAAGUUGAAUUAAAUAGGUUAAAUACUCUAAGUACGCAAACACAAACCAAAGUUCUAAAACCAAAAUACACUGAACAUUCUUCCAACAACAUAAUUCCAGUCAAAAAUAAUGACGUCCGUGAAAAUGCAGAAACCGAUAUAAUGAUGAAUUCGCUUGUAAACACGAAUGCUGUAAAAGCAAGCCAAACGCCUGUAGAAAUUGAAAGAUCACACGCAAAGUUGUCUGAGGUUAGCCUUUCGGAAAGCAGUCAACCUGUCAAUUCGCAUGUGCAAGUCCUAACAUCCAAAGUAAAUUCGUCAGUUCGUCAACCGUCUUCCACUGUUUCUCAAAGGGUGAACAAAGAUACAGGUAGAUCUUCCGACAGUCAACUGAAAGAUCAAAUAUCAAGUUCAAGUCGAAUUGCGGAAGAUGAUUUAAGAACUGAUACGAGAAGUCGACCUUUGAUAUCAACGCGACAUAGAGGUGAUGGUCUGCUACCAAGAAGAGAAAUAAGACGCCGCACUUUUCCAUCAAAAACUGUAUACAGGGAUGAAUCAUUGGUUCCGGAACGCGAUAUAUUACCUGCUGACAGACCAAUAAGCAAAGAAACAGCACCUAUUCGGCAACCAACACGAGGUGGGUUCAUAGAUGACCCAUUAUCAGAAAGUGACCAUUCUUCCCCCUAUAUACCAACGCGGGAUGACAUUAUCUCUCCACUUAAGCGUCGAAUUCCAUCACGGCAUUAUUACAGAGAUGAAUUACCCCUUAUAGAUCGUGACAUAUUUAGUCGUGAAAGAGUCCUUAGAAAAGACAUGCCGCCAGUUAGUCGCCGUUUCCCAGGACGGAGAAGAUAUAUACCUGAACCACUAAUACCAGAUGACGAUACUCCGAUAUCAGUUAGAUCAAGCAGGGGUGAACGAAUAAUGUCACCGCGUCGACGUCGACCGAUAAGACGUCUUUCUAGUGAUGAAAGAGGAAUGUCUGAAGGAGAAGAACUUACACCUGUAAGACGCCGUCGUCUCCCUUCAACAGAAAGAUACAGAGAAGAGUUACCGCUAUCUGCAGGUGUAAGGUCUUUGAGAGACGAAAGGCCUACACGACGUCGCCGAAUACCGUCGAGAUCAUUUGAUGAAGAUCUCUCAAACGUUGCUGGUGAAAGGCGUGGCGCUGUAGGCAUUCCUGCAAGGCGCCGAUAUCUUGAAAGUGAUAUUAGAGAGGCACCAACUUUUUCCCGUCGUCGAGAAACAAGAAGAUUGCUAGGAAGAGAAAGACUAGCAGACAGACCAUUUAGGGAAGAAGAAGAACCAACGAGGCGGGGUCGCUCUCCUGCUCCUGAUGAAGAAAUUAGAGCGGUACCAAGAGAAGACGAACCACUCAGACGUCGUAGCCCUAUAUCUCCUGAGGAAAGACUUAGAGAUGUGCCAAGAGAAGAAUUUCUACUCAGGCGUCGUCGCCCUCCACCCUCCGAGGAAAGACGUAGAGAUAUGCCAAGAGAAGAUAUGCGAAUGAGGCGUCGUCGCCUUCGAACUCCCGAGGAACGAGUAAGAGCUGUGUCAAGGGAAGACUUGCCAUUGAGACGUCUUCGCCUUCCACCACAUGAGGAAAGACUCAGAGAGGUACCAAGAGAAGAAUUACCAAUAAGGCGUCGACGCCUUAUUCCUUCCGAAGAAAGACCUAGAGCGGUGUUUCGAGAGGAAGAUUCAUUGAUGCGUCGCCGUCUUCCACCUCUUCCGUCUCCAGAUGUACGACCAAUUGAUGAAACAAGAGAUCGCUCUUCAGCAAUAAGAGAUAGAACACGUAGUCGGGAAUAUUUACCACCAAGACGUAGGGAUUUUGUGUCAGACAUAUUAAGAGAUGGGCGGAGACCAAGAAAAGAGGAAUCUUUCUCCGAGGAACCGGAUGUCAGUCGGCGGCGACUGCGUCCACGAGAACGUUCAUAUAGAAUCCGACGAUUAGAAACUGAUGAUGUACCUGUUACAAGUAUUCGUUCGGUAGAAAUAUCCCCAAGAAGAGAUGUUUACGACACUGCCAGAGAUGAAAUACAAACCGCCUCUACAAUAGCUCCAGUGGAAACAACAACUGAGGAAAGACUUAGAUUAGGAGCAGUCCGUGCACGUGGAGGUGAAAAUGGAUUCCCCGUUCACGGAGGUUAUUGUCCUGGAGAUCGAUGUGCAGAUGGUGGCCUCGCAGCCGGGGUUCAAAAUGGAACGGGAACGGGAACUUUAGCAUUAUUUCUUGAGCGACAACGAACUGGUGAAAAUGAAGAUAUUGCAGCUUAUGAGAGGGAUUUGAGGCCUCGGAGGACCACUUUGGUCGUUUAAUCAUAUGUUAUGUCCAGUGAUGUUAAAUUUCAAAACAAACAAAUAAUGUAAUAAAUUUGUUUGAAAAUCAAACUACAGACGUUAAUAUUAAUUGGAUAUAUUUUAGGCAUAAACUUUUUAAUUUACUUGUAGAACACAUUUCCGAAGAAAACAUGAACAGUUGUAGUUUUACACUUCAAAUCUUGACACUAAUUUGCUAAUGAAUAGUUAAAAAUAUGGGUAUUGUAAUUGAUGGAUGUAAUAAUUAGUUUCCAUUCAUGCAUUAUAUAAGGCACAAGCAGAUAUCGACCUUCCGUGAG